CACUAGCAACAGUUCCUGAGAGAGGAUGCUAAAUGCUAGGCCGGAAGCGGAAGUGGUCCUCGAAAGCUUUUUGGACGCUGGUGUCAGGAGUUUCUCCACAUUUUAAUUCCGAGAGGUCUCUGAGGUUUUUUUGUGUCUCUAGGGAGCCCCUGGGUUAGAUCUUUCUCCAGAUUCCAGCCUGCCUCUCUCCAGCAGCUCUGCUUGAGUUUACAGAUGUCUACAAAGCUUUAGACUCCCGAGAGAAUAAAGUUUGAGACCUACCAUGACCAUGUCAGCUAAUUGGACCUCUCCCCAGAAAUCACUGGUCCUGAUUCCAGAGGAACGUGAUAAUUCAUAUGAGGGAUCGGUGUCCUUCAGGGAUGUGGCUGUAGAUUUCAGCAGAGAGGAAUGGCAGCAUCUAGACCUUGCUCAGAGAAACCUAUACCGGGAUGUGAUGCUGGAGACCUACAGUCACCUGCUUUCUGUGGGAUAUGAAGUUCCCCAACCAGAAGUUUUCAUGUUGGAGCAAGGACAGGAGCCAUGGCAAUUGCAGUGUGAUCCACAUCAGAGCUGUCCAGAAGAAUUAUGGCAGAUUGGUGACCAGAUAGAGAGCUAUCAGCAAAGAGAAAACAAAUCUUUAAGAGAUGUUGCUUUCAUCAAGAAAAUUUUGACUACAAAGAAGGAUUACAUAGAAGAAUAUAAGGACAUUAGAAAAAUAAUUCAUGUGAGCCAAAACAUUCUUUCACCAAAAAGACCCCACCAGUGUGACUCAUUUGGAAAUGCUUUGAAGUAUAAUUUAGAUUUACACAGUCAUUACAGAAACAAUGCAUCAAAGAACAUAAAUAAGAUUACUGAACAUAUUAAAAUUUCUUCCUAUACUGACCCUGAGUGUUCUCCAACAGGAGAGAAGUUAUGGGACCAUAAUCAAUGUGGGAAAAUCCUCAGCUAUAAACAAGCACCCUCUCAACAUCAAAAAAUUCAUACUGGGGAAAAAUCUUAUGAAUGUGCUGAAUUUGGGAAGAUCUUCACCCAGAAGUCACAGCUCAGGGUACAUCUGAAAGUUCAUACAGGAGAAAAACUCUAUGUGUGCAUUGACUGUGGCAAGGCUUUUGUAAAGAAGCCAGAAUUCAUUACACAUCAGAGAACCCAUACUAGAGAGAAGCCCUAUAAGUGCAGUGAAUGUGGAAAAGCUUUUUUCCAAGUAUCUUCUCUCUUAAGGCACCAGAGAAUUCACACUGGAGAAAAACUUUAUGAAUGCAGUGAGUGUGGAAAAGGGUUCUCUUAUAACUCCGAUCUCAGUAUACAUCAAAAAAUUCAUACUGGAGAGAGACACCACGAAUGCACGGAUUGUGGCAAAGCAUUUACGCAAAAGUCCACGCUCAAGAUGCAUCAGAAGAUUCAUACAGGUGAGCGAUCCUAUAUAUGUAUUGAAUGUGGACAGGCCUUCAUCCAGAAGACACACUUGAUUGCACACCGAAGAAUUCAUACUGGAGAAAAACCAUAUGAAUGCAGUAACUGUGGGAAGUCCUUCAUUUCUAAGUCACAACUCCAGGUACAUCAACGAAUUCACACAAAAAUGAAACCCUUUCUUUAUACUGAAUAUGGAAAGAUGUUCAACAAUAGUUCCAACCUCGUCACACACAAGAAAGUUCAAAUUAGAGAGAAGUCUUCCAUAUGUACUGAUUGUGGUAAGGCCUUUACAUACAGGUCAGAACUGAUUAUACACCAGAGAAUUCACACUGGGGAAAAACCUUAUGAAUGCAGUGAAUGUGGAAAAGCCUUUACUCAGAAGUCAGCACUUACGGUGCAUCAGAGAAUCCAUACAGGAGAAAAAUCUUAUGUGUGCAUGAAAUGUGGACUAGCCUUCAUCCAGAAGGCUCACUUGAUUGCACAUCAAAUAAUUCACACGGGAGAGAAACCUUAUAAAUGUGGCCACUGUGGGAAAUCCUUUACUUCCAAGUCACAACUGCAUGUACAUAAACGAAUUCACACAGGAGAGAAACCUUAUACAUGCACUAAAUGUGGGAAGGCAUUCACCAACAGAUCAAAUCUUAUUACACAUCAGAAAACUCAUACAGGAGAGAAAUCCUAUAUAUGUCCUAAAUGUGGAAAGGCCUUCACACAAAGAUCAGACUUGAUUACACAUCAGAGAAUUCAUACUGGAGAGAAACCUUAUGAAUGUGGUACCUGUGGAAAAGCCUUUACUCAAAAGUCACACCUCAACAUACACCAGAAAAUUCAUACUGGAGAAAGACAGUAUGAAUGCCAUGAAUGUGGGAAAGCCUUCAACCAGAAGUCAAUACUCAUUGUGCAUCAGAAAAUUCAUACAGGAGAGAAACCUUAUGUAUGCAGUGAGUGUGGAAGAGCUUUCAUCCGGAAAUCAAACUUCAUUACUCAUCAGAGAAUUCAUACUGGAGAGAAACCUUAUGAAUGCAAUGAUUGUGGGAAAUCCUUCACCUCCAAGUCUCAGCUCCUGGUGCAUCAACCAAUUCACACAGGAGAAAAACCAUAUGUGUGUGCUGUGUGUGGGAAAGCCUUUAGUGGCAGGUCAAAUCUCAGUAAACACCAGAAAACUCAUACUGGAGAAAAGCCCUACAUCUGUUCUGAAUGUGGGAAGACCUUUAGACAGAAGUCAGAAUUGAUUAUACAUCACAGAAUUCACACUGGAGAGAAACCUUAUGAAUGCAAUGACUGUGGCAAAUCUUUCACUAAGAAAUCACAACUCCAAGUGCAUCAACGAAUUCACACAGGGGAAAAGCCUUAUGUGUGUGCUGAGUGUGGAAAGGCUUUCACAGAUAGGUCAAAUCUGAAUAAACACCAGACAACGCACACUGGAGACAAACCCUAUAAGUGUGUAGACUGUGGGAGGAACUUUCGUAGUGGCUAUCAACUUACCCUACAUCAGAGAUUUCAUACUGGCGAGAAGCCUUAUGAAUGUACAAAAUGCAGGAAGAACUUUAAAAGUGGUUAUCAACUUACUGUACAUCAGAGAUUUCAUACUGGCGAGAAAACCUAUGAAUGCAAGGACUGUGGGAAGGCCUUUAUUUAUGCCUCACACAUUGUUCAGCAUGAGAGAAUCCACACUGGAGGGAGGCCUUAUGAAUGUCAGGAAUGUGGGAAGGCCUUUAGUCAAGGUGGAUACCUUAGAAUUCAUCAAAGAAUUCAUACUGGUGAGAAACCCUAUAAAUGUCAAGAAUGUGGGAAGGCUUUUAGUAGGCGCUCAAACCUCAUUGAACAUGGGCAGAUCCAUACUGAUGGGAAACUUUACGUAUGUGAGAAAUGUGGGAAGGCCUUUAAAAGAGGUCAUCAACUUACCGUACAUCAGAGUGUUCAUACUGGUAAAAAACCAUAUGAUUGUAAAGAAUGUGGAAAGGGCUAUACCACUGCCUCAUACCUUAUUCUACAUCAGAGAAUUCAUAAAGUUGGGAAACCAUAUGAAUGUAAGGAAUGUAAGAAAACCUUUACCUUGUAUAGAAAUCUUACCCGACAUCAGCAUAUUCACACUGGUGAGAAACUUUUUGAAUGUAAGCAGUGUGGGAAGGCCUAUACUACUGGCUCAAAACUUUUUCAACAUCAGAAAACUCACACUGGUGAGAAGCCCUUUGAAUGUAAGGAAUGUGGAAAGGCCUUUAGCUUAUAUGGCUACCUUCAUCAACAUCAGAAGAUUCAUACUGGUAUGAAACAUUUUGAAUGUAAGCAGUGUAAAAAAACCUUUACUUUGUAUAGAAAUCUUAUUCGACAUCAGAGUAUUCAUAAUGGUAAGAAGCUUUUUGAAUGUAAGGAAUGUGGGAAGGCCUAUACUACUGCCUCAAACCUUGUGCAACAUCAGAAAACUCAUACUGGUGAGAAACCCUAUGAAUGCAAAGAGUGUGGGAAGACCUUUAGCUUGCAUGGAUAUCUUAAUCAACAUCAGAAAAUCCAUACUGGUGUGAAACCCUAUGAGUGUAUGAUAUGUAGGAAAACCUUUACUUUCUAUAGAAACCUUACCCUACACCAGAGUAUUCACACUGACAAGAAACCUUUUAAAUGUAAGGAAUGUGGUAAGACCUUUAGACGUAGUUCACACCUUACCGCACAUCAGAGUGUUCACGCUGAUAAGAAACCCUUUGAAUGUAAGAAAUGUGGGAAGUCCUUUAAAACAUAUGGAUACCUUACACAACAUCAGAAAAUUCAUACUGGUGGGAAACCCCACAGCUGUAAGGAAUGUGGGAAGGCCUUUAGUCGUGCUUCAAACCUUGUUCAACAUGAGAGAAUUCAUACUGGUGAAAAGCCCUACGUGUGUAAGAAGUGUGGGAAAGCCUUCAGGUAUGGUUCAGCCCUUAAAGCACAUCAGGGAAUACAUACAGAUCUGAAGCUCUAAGAACGUAAGGAAUGUGAUAAUGCUAGUAGGCAUGGCCCAGACCUUUUAAACAGGCAGUUCACACUGAUGAGGAAUUACUGAAUGUUAGUCUUUAUAGUAAUGUCUUCACCAGAUGAGAGAAUCCAUUAUGUAGUUCUUAUCACUUUUUAAAGAUUACAGUGUCACUCCCAUUUUAAUGGAAUGUUUGACUAAACAAUAGCAAAUUAAACCCUGAAUAGCCAAACAAUCUUGAAAAAGAAGAUGAAAACUGGAAGUAUCAUGAUCCCAGAUUUCAAGAUCUACUACAAAGCUGUAGUAAUUAAAACAGUGUUGUACUGGUGUAAAAAUAGGCACAAGGAUCAGUGGAACAGAAUAGAGAGCCCAGAAAUACAUCCACAACUAGAUGGUCAAUUAAUCUUCAACAGAGGAGGCAAA